AUGUGGCACAGCGACGUUGUUGCCAAGAACAGAUGCGGCACCCGUUCCAACAGUCUUGGGAGCCUCGGGCGUGGCUCAUGCCAGCCCAGGGCUCCCAGAUUGAGCCUGUUCAUACCACGAGAUGCUGGUUUGGACAAUCCACCCAGGACUGCCGAUGGCAUGGACCACAUCUUGCAAAUGAUGGAGGUGGCGUGGCGACAAGUGAACACUGCUCGGGGCAGCACAGUGAAGCUUGCCAAUCCGGAGCACAAUCUCUUGGUGAGCUUGGAGUGCGCGAGGGAUUUCAUGCUCGGCGUCCUGACCGAGCCGGACCCUGGGCGGCAACGUUUGGCAGAAAUCUUCGGAGGCGACUGCAGCAGAGUUGCACGAGUCCGUGCAAUUCUGGAUGGCGCAACGCUUUCGCAUAGAAAUUGUGCCGAUGACCGCAUCUCAUCCUGCAUGAAUGCCGUGAAGUCGGUGGAAGCAGUGCUGAAGAAGGACUGCGGAGUCGGACGGCGGCUUUCCGAGGCCCAGAGAAAGGAGUUCAUGCGGCUGCGUGAACGGCAAAGCCGGUUCCAAGCCAAGCACUUGCGCGGCGAGUUUUCUCCGCUGAGCAAGACCGGAAGCCCAUCGCAGUCCAGGUCUUCGUGGUUCGGGUUCCCGACGGAGGCCGCCGCAGAAGCCACCACGAGAACAAACAGCGAGACAGCACCACUUCGUGCACGUUCGGAUUCUGCUCCCUCACUUCGUGGUGACGGGCCAGCGGUUUCCUCGUUCAGCGAAGGCUGGCAGGCUCUCCGAGAUCACUGGGAGUCGGGGAACCUCUUCCGCAAUCUGACUUGGGGCGGCACCUCCCAAGAAGGAAAUCCUGACGGAACUGCAGUACGCUCCCCUCGCGGUGCAACAGAGGUGGUCGAGGCGGAAGAACGGCUUGGCUUGCACUUGGUUGCGGAUCCGAUGCUUGAUGGUGACCCGAAGGAGGACACAGGCCACGGGGCCACCUUGGACCCGUACAGAUGCAUCUCAGUUCUGGAAGAUCCGACAGGCCCUUGUGCAGAACCACGGCCAGACAUUGCUCGCAAGGCAUGUGGUGGACACGAGGAGGAUGCCGAAAAAGCUUGCGCUCGGACCGUCGAUGGUGGCCAGCCUCUGAGCGAGACCCCAUCGACAUGGACGGCCUUGGAAGGUGCAGAGGAGAAAGAUGGUGCCACGAGCACAACUUCGGACACACCUCGCGCGCAGACUGCCGAGGAGCCGGGCCAGAACGCGUCCAGAGGUUUCUCCAUCGAGCCAGGAAGCACUGAACAGGCAUCCGGCAAGUCAAGCCCUGUCCCGGAAAUGUUGGCAGUGGCCGCUUUGGAGCUCCCGUCCUUGCGUGGAAAUGAGGAUGCGCCCGCUGACCAGGAUCCGCUGCCUUCCGCUUGCCCCGAGACAGCCGAGACAUUGUUUCUGCACGGCGGCUCGGGCCCAGACCCGACAGCUGAAGAUGUCAGUGGCGUCGGCUUUGCACAAGGGUCGGACGAGCAGGGGGCCGCGCACGAUUCUGGCAAGCUGCUAGAGGUUGCGCACAAGUCAGACUUCCAAGAUUCGGCAAGGGGGCCUCCGAAAGGCGUCGAAUCCGACGGAUCCAGCUCGGAUGAGGACGUUCCCAUGCCUGCAAAUUGGGGGAUGCCUCGACAGAAACGAGGCAGCGUCAUUCGACCUGUGGCCUUGCCUACCCAUCUGCUGCAGCAGGCGAAGGCUGCCGGCUACAGCGAGGAGAUGGGAGUGGUGGAGUUCCGAGUCGGCCGGGACGAGGAGAAGAUCGGCAUCGCCUUCAAGAUCUUGCCUCCUGCUGGGCAUCUGGUCGUGGAGAGAAUCUCGGCUGGAACACCAGCUGAAGCCCUGCAUCUACCAAAGGGAAGCCGAUUGCUGUGCGUCAAUGGCAUCCACACAGGGCAGAUCGAGGCAGAAGACUUCUUCGAGACGAUGCGGCAAAGGCCCCUGGAUCUACUGUUUCUGAAGCCCUCCGUGGCUCAGCCGUCCGACUAA